CAGACCCGCCUGCAGCUGGAGGGAGGCGUGCUCUGCUCCCUGCGCAUUUAGGCUUGGAACCCAACUGCGAGCCAAGCGUGCCUCCGUUGCAGCUCCGGGAAGGAGGUCCUCUCUUGUCGCUCUGCGCCUGCUGCCUCCGUUCCGCGAGGCUCUGAAAACUGCCGGGCUGCCACUUGACGCCCCGCUAAAGCAGGCAGCAGCAUGCAGCCGCCGCCAAGCCUGUGCGGACUCGCCCUGCUGGCGCUGGUUCUUGCCUGCGGGAUGGCCGAGGUCUGGGGAGAGGAGAGAGAAAUGCCGUCUGCCCCCGCUACUCCACCGCUUCUGGGAGCCAGCGAGAUCCUGACACCUUCCACUAAGACCUCUUGGCCAAGGGAUUCCAACGCCAGCCUACCACGGUCGUCUGCACCUGCUGAAAUACCCAAAGAAGGGAGGACAGCCGGAGCCCCGCGACGCACCCCUCCUCCGUGUCAGAGACCAACAGAGAUUAAGGACACUUUCAAGUACAUCAACACUGUGGUAUCCUGCCUCGUGUUCGUGCUGGGCAUCAUCGGAAACUCUACACUGCUGCGAAUCAUCUACAAGAACAAGUGCAUGCGAAAUGGCCCCAAUAUCUUGAUCGCCAGCCUGGCUCUAGGAGACCUGCUGCACAUCAUCAUUGACAUCCCCAUCAAUGUAUACAAGCUGCUGGCAGAAGACUGGCCAUUUGGAGCUGAGAUGUGUAAGCUGGUACCUUUCAUACAGAAGGCCUCUGUGGGCAUCACUGUGCUCAGUCUAUGUGCUUUAAGUAUUGAUAGAUAUCGAGCUGUUGCUUCCUGGAGUCGAAUUAAAGGAAUUGGGGUUCCAAAGUGGACGGCAGUGGAAAUUGUUUUGAUUUGGGUGGUCUCUGUGAUUCUGGCUGUCCCUGAAGCUAUAGGUUUUAACCUGGUUACAAUUGACUACAAAGGAAGUUACCUGCGAAUCUGCUUGCUUAAUCCCACUCAAAAAACAGCCUUCAUGCAGUUUUAUAAAACAGCUAAAGAUUGGUGGCUAUUUAGUUUCUAUUUCUGCUUACCAUUGGCCAUCACUGCCUUUUUUUACACUCUGAUGACCUGUGAAAUGUUAAGAAAGAAGAGUGGAAUGCAAAUUGCCUUAAAUGAUCACUUAAAACAGAGACGGGAAGUGGCCAAAACUGUAUUUUGUCUGGUGCUUGUUUUUGCCCUCUGUUGGCUGCCCCUUCACCUCAGCAGGAUCCUGAAGCUCACACUUUAUGAUCAGAAUGACCCCAAUAGAUGUGAACUUUUGAGCUUUUUGUUGGUAUUGGACUACAUUGGAAUCAAUAUGGCCUCCUUGAAUUCCUGCAUUAACCCAAUUGCUCUCUAUUUGGUGAGCAAAAGAUUCAAAAACUGCUUUAAGUCAUGCUUAUGUUGCUGGUGCCAGUCAUUUGAAGAAAAACAAUCCUUGGAGGAAAAGCAGUCCUGCUUGAAGUUCAAAGCUAACGAUCACGGAUAUGACAACUUCCGUUCCAGUAAUAAAUACAGCUCAUCUUGAAAGAAGGAAGAGUCAUUUAAUUUCAUUUUAUUUUGAACAGAAGUCAUUUCAACAAAAUGAAACCUUUGCCUGAAAAAAAUUGUAUAUUUGCACAAAACAAUGUAAAAAUGUAAGAGUGAUUAUUUUAACACUCAAAGAUACACGUGACAUUUUAUGAGCUGUUUACAUCACGAGAAGGAAAGCAGUGAGAAUCAAGGAAGCCUCAUUGUGAAAGCACUUAAUUUCUACAGUUAGCACUUCAGUAUAGCUCUUAAUUAUUUCCAGUAUAUUCAUUUACCACUUAUAUUUUAAACAGAGCUUACUCAGAGUUCCUAUUAAGGAGGUUUAUUUUUUAAUCUAUAUGAAUCUGAUAUAAUGGAAAAAUAUGUCACUAUAAAACAGAGUUUUGAAGUGACAUUUAAAUUACUCAAUUUAUAAUUUUAAAUAAUCCUUUAAAAUAACUUUUUAUUAAUAUUGUCAAAUCAUUGAUCAGAUUGCAAUUGAAUGCAAAAUAUGAAAGCAGUUUAGUUGGUGUAUUUUUAGGACAUUGGAAGCAUUUAAACUUUCCAGAUGAAGUAUCUGAUAGAUGAAGGCAAAGUUCUUAAAAAUCAUUAUACUCUACAUUCCGAAAAGAUAAAAUAUUUCAAAGGGAGAGGGAGAGGAGGUUUGAAAUCCUUUCCCAAAGGACUUCUUUGAAAUAUUCCAUUCACAUACUCUGCAAAGAAAGUACUAUCUACAGAUGUUUUUGAGAAUUAUUAAAAUCCUCUUUCACUACUGUAGUUUAAACUCUGCUUAGUUUCAUCAUCUGUAAAUAUUUAGCUAUAUACACUACAUGUAGAUGUUUAAAUGAUGGGCAGGCCCCAGUCAAUGCUCUACAAUGGAGAGAUGCCAGUGACCCCAUAACAGACAGAAUGUGAAUUGCCUGGUGCAGUGUCCACAUGGCAAAGGAGUGGGAUGAACUCUCUUCUCUCACCUGUGCUGUAGUUAAAAUGGUGUCUAGUAUAGGUACAACCUAGCUACCAUAAGGCUUUUUAAAAUCACAGAUUAGUCCAUGUAACAGCAGCCCAUAGGGGUUAUUAACCUUUAUAUUAUUUUUGUAAGGAACCGAUUGAAAAGCGUUCUUCAUAUGGUGCUUUUCUAUCACACAGAGACAAAACUGCUUUCUGAGUCUGUCAGAAUUUUAAUGCACUUAGUGCAUUCUUGCCUAAGUUUUUAAUCUCCUCGGCAAAGUACAUUAGAUUAACUUGGGAUGAAAUGUGUGUGAAAGUAUGUACAAGAAAAAACGGAAGAGGGAGGGAAUGAGGUGGAGUGAAAGGAAACCCAUGGGGACUGAAUCCCAUUCUUAGCCUGACGUUCGUCAUUGCCCCGUCACUUCAAUUAAAAGGUCCUGAUUCCGUUCCAGCAAAACAUAGUGCAAUGUUCUCAGAGUGACUUCAGGAACAAAUGGGGCCCAAGAGCUUUAACUCUGUCUUAAAAUACAACAGAAUUUCCACUUUUUUUUCUUUUAGUAAGCCAGUCCACAUGUUGGAAACAAGCUAGCAACGUUUUUCUUUGCCAGAAUCUAAUGUGAUGAUCAAACCCAACCAUUGUAGCCCAAAAGAAAGGACAAUCAUUCAUUUACAUGCCAUGUGGAUUCCACUUUAAGAUUACCCACAAACUUGGGUCUUAAUUUCUUCCCAUUUUUUUCAGACGUCUGCGAUCAGAAAAGACAUUGCAGACUUUCCGUCUUAAAUUAACUUUGGGUCACCAAUGUUUUCAGUUUAAUAUAUCUUGUUUUAGAUCAUUUUUGUUACCAUGUACUGAGGUUGAACAUCCUAACACCCUCCUCAUUUGCAUCUCAAUGUCCUUCCUUCUCCGUGCCAGAAUCAUGAUCUGGCACAUACUUCAAGUUUUUAAACUGCACACAGAGUAUAUAAAAUCCACAAUUACAAUGAAAUGGCAUCCAAUAGCUUUUUUUAAAAAAAUGUUUAGUUCAAAAUUUUAACAUAGUAAUAGAGGAUGGCAAGAAAUAAACAUGUUUGCUUUGCAUAAUUAAAGCCAAGAUAGGAAACAGUGCUACUGUUUAUCCUUAGAAUGUAUUUCCUUGUAGUAAGAAGUGUUUAAGGUAGUAACAGACAAAAUAAUUGUUAACACAAAUGUUACAGCACAAAGGAUUUAUAAAUGUUCUGGGCUAUUUUCUCCUCAUCACCCAUUAUUGAUAGAGGUGUAUAAUCAAACACCUUAUAUUAUUGACAGCUUACCUGUGGCCAAAGGAAUACAGUUUAUAGCAAAACAUGGGUAUGCUGUAGUUAUCUUUCAAAAAUUGUAAUAUAACCAUGUAAAAUUAUUAUAUAUUUUAUUUUGUCUGUGAUCACUUCAAGUGACAACUACUGUGGUUGCUGAUUCCUUAUUAUAUAAACAAAACUCAAUAAAAAUUUGAAUUGUUUUUUAAAAAGACCAGUUUGUUUUUCACUGUGCAAACACUGAUUAAUGAUAUACUCAUGAAGAGUUUAAAGGAAAGAUAAAUACUAAUUAAUUGUUUAAAGGAAAUACAUCAUGUUAAAGAUAUAACUAUCUAGGAAAUACGAAAUUUGUUCAAUUAAAAUACCAAUUUCUGGUA